AUGGAUGAAGGUGAUAGUCCAGAUAUAGAGCUUGGUGAGAUUCCUACUCCUGAAACAUCCUUAGAAAUUUGGCCUGAUAAUAUGAAAGGUAUGGAUCCUGAAGUAGAAAUUGAAGCUGAGGUAGAUCAAAUUAAACAACCCGUCAAUUCCAUAGUUAAUAUCCUCCCCGAUAAUAUAUUACAAGAGAUAUGUGAACAUAUCGAUCAAUAUGAUCUUGUGAAUUUACUGUUGACUUGUAAACAAAUGUACGGUAUUAGUAUCACUCGAUUAUAUCGACGGAUUACAGUCAUAUUGAAUGGAGAAUUCCCCAUUAGGUAUAAAGGAGAUGCCAAACAAUUUGUCAGAGAUAAUGGAAUCAAAUAUAUGAAUAGUUCAAUCAUCCUUAAUAUUGAGAAUCUUCUAAAAUUAUUUGGGAUAUUAAAUUUAAAUGCUAGUUUGAUUCAAAAAGUAAAAUUCUUUAUUUUUGAUAAAUGUUAUAUCAAUACUAUUAUCGAUAUUAAUCAUAUACAAUUCAAAGUAAUUGAAUUCUUUGGGAAGAGUUCUCAUGAGAUUAACUUUUUACAUAUUACAUUCAUUGAUUUUCUUACUGGGAUUCUUAAAUUAACCAAAUUUUUAAAGAAUGAAAAUAUUCGAUCAAAGAUAUUUAAAUUAUUUAUCACCAAUACCACUGAUUUAUUCGAACCUGUCAUACCUCAAAGUUUAACUAAUUUAUUCCUUAUGUUGAAUGAGUUUGAAUUCAUUAAAGAUGAUUAUACCUUUGAUUUAUCCACAUACCCCUAUGACAUAUUUUAUUCAUUAUUCACGUUAACAUGUUCAACUAAUAAACAACUUGGAUUAGAGAUUCUAAAUGAAAUUAAAUUAAUUGAUCCUGCUAUAAAAUUAAAAUUGAAAGGGUUAACCAUAUUUCAUUUCCAUAAAGAGAAUUUAACUAAUCCCGAACAUGAUCAAGAUGAAACUUUGCAUACUUUAAAUGAAAUGUAUAAUCAUAUACGAGAAGGGUUAGAAAUUGAUAAUGCGAUUGAAAAUGAUAUCCCUCGCAUUGAAGAUUUAUCAUCCCAACCCAAAUUACAUGACUUGGAUGAUGAACAUAAUGAGAUUGUGAUUGAAUAUUUAAAAUCGAUUGAUAAACGAUUACAUUUCCAUAGUAUUGAGAGUAAGGUUGAUUUAAUUAAUCUUCAACAUUUAUACCUUAAGAUUGAUUGUGUUGAACAUCGAUUGAAUAAUUGUAAAUGUUUUGAAACUUUUUUUAAAGAUUUUAGUAAUUUCAGUCUGUUGAAUGGUGGAUUACCUAAUUUAAAUUCAUUUGAAAUUGAAUCAUUCCCCAAUUUAGAAUGGUUAAGACCUCAUCAAAUGUUAGAAGAUAUUUUAACUCCUUUAGGAAGUUUCAUCCGAACUUUGAAUGGAUUAAAUCGUUUAACGAUUGAUUUCUCCACUCCAGGGUAUAAAAUGUUUGAUAAUUCCAUUGGAUUAUCAACACAUUUAUUAAAUAAAUUAAAUGAAAGAUUAAUCGAAGCAUUCUUCCUAUGUUUCUUUGAUAAUGAAACUGAAGAUGGAGCUAAUAAAAACGUAUUGGCAAAUUUAAAACAAUUAUAUUUACAAGAUUUUUUAACUAGUUUUAUUUAUUAUAAACCGGAUUUUUAUGAAAAUUUAUUACAUACAUGUCAAUGUUGGGGAUGUCAAAUCUUAUUAGAAAAAUUAAAAGAUUUAUUUUAUCCAAUUGAUUCAUUUGAGGGAUUCCCAACGGUUCAAAAUCCUAUGAGUUCAAGUCUUGAUAUUGAAUCAACUCUUUAUAUGGUUAUUGGAUAUAUAUUAGGGAAAUUACAAGCGGAUAGAGAAGUUUGUAUACCGAUAAAGGAAUCAACCGUUCAUUAUAAUAGUUAUCCAGUAUACAAGGGACAACCGCAUACAUUACAUAAUGCAUUCCAUACUAAUAAGUAUGAUGGUGAUAGUUUAUGUGGAUGUGAAGAACUGAUGGAUGGAGAUGUGAAUGGGUUAAGAUCUACUAAUAUUGAUAAUUUAGUAACGAUUUAUAUUAUUCAUCAAUUGAAUCCGAUUGUGGAAUAUUUACAAUCGAUAUUUUUAAAUUUAAAUAAUUUAAUGAUUCAUGGGAUUUAUUAUGAGUUUAAUAAAGAUGUGGGUAAGUUAUUACCAAUUUAUGAUGAUUAUGAGUAUCCCACCGAGUUUUUGGAGGUAAAGAGACAUGAAAUUGAUCAUAAUAUUAAACCAGAUGUUAAAUUUGGAUAUUUUAAAAAUCGAAAGUAA